GAAGAAGACACUCCACGGGAGAACCUAUGGGGAGAACAGCUGACUCCUAUCUUCUGUAACAGGACUUAGAAAUGGCGGCGUCCGUGUGCAGAGUCGGGAGCACCGUGGGUCGAACCCUCGCAAAAAACCGCAGUCCCAUCCUGCUAUCUCUGAGGCGUGGACAGGCUUCAGUCAGCUAUGCCCAGAGCCUGCUUGGAGCCCCAGAAACUCGCCUCACUGCUCUGGACAAUGGUUUGAGGGUCGCAUCUGAGGAGACUGGACAUGCCACCUGCACUGUUGGACUAUGGAUCGGUGCUGGCAGUCGCUAUGAGAGUGAGAGGAACAACGGAGCAGGCUUCUUCAUGGAGCACAUGGCUUUUAAGGGAACCAAGAAUCAUCCUCAGACAGCCCUGGAGCAGCAGGUGGAGUCUAUGGGUGCUCACCUCAGCGCCUACACCUCCAGGGAGCACACAGCAUACUACAUGAAAACGCUGGCCAAAGACCUGCCAAAAGCUGUGGAGCUGCUGUCAGAGGUGGUGCAGAGCUGCUCUCUGAGUGAGGCUGAGAUUGAGCAGCAGAGAGCUGUGGUGCUGCGCGAGUUAGAGGAAGUCGAGAGUAACCUGCAGGAGGUUUGCCUGGACCUGCUGCAUGCCACGGCCUUCCAGGGCACUCCUCUGGGACAAAGUGUGCUGGGACCCUCCAACAAUGCCAGGACUCUGACCCGCCAGGACCUAGUGGAUUAUGCCAACAGCCACUACAAAGCCCCGCGCAUGGUGCUGUCUGCUGCUGGAGGUGUGUGCCACGAUGAGCUGGUCGGCUUGGCCAAGACUCACUUCAGUGGAGUGUCUUUUGAGUAUGAAGGAGAUGCUGUCCCUGUGGUGUCACCAUGCAGAUUCACGGGCAGUGAGAUCCGUAUGCGUGAUGAUGGUUUGCCUCUGGCACACGUUGCUAUUGCGGUUGAGGGGGCCAGUGCUGCCAGCCCAGACAUUGUGCCACUCAUGGUGGCCAACUCCAUCGUCGGAAGCUUUGACCUCACCUAUGGUGGUGGAAGGCAUCUGAGCAGUCGUCUGGCUCGUCUGGCAGUCGAGGAGAAACUGUGUCACAGCUUCCAGGCCUUCCACUCAUCCUACAGCGAUACUGGCCUGCUGGGUAUUCACUUUGUGACUGAUAAGAACUACAUUGAAGACAUGAUGCACUGGUCCCAGAACGCCUGGAUAAACCUGUGUACAACUGUGACAGAGAGUGAUGUAGCUAGAGGCAAGAUUGCUCUGAAGGCCAGCCUGGUCGGACAGCUGAAUGGAACAACACCAAUCUGUGAUGACAUUGGCAGACACAUCCUGAAUUACGGACGGCGUAUUCCUCUCGCAGAGUGGGACGCUCGCAUAGAUGCUGUGACCCCCAGGUUGGUGCGUGAUGUCUGUUCCAAAUACAUCUAUGAUAAGUGUCCUGCUGUGGCAGCUGUUGGCCCUGUUGAGCAGCUGCCCGACUACAACAGAAUGCGCAGUGCCAUGUAUUGGCUCAGGUUUUAAGAUAAAUGGUUGUGUUGCUUUUAGUGUCCUAAGUUUUCUCUACAUCCUCCUCACAACCUUACCCCGCUUUCUUCCCACCGCCACUGCAAGAUUGAAUCCUCCUGAGGAUCGUCCACAUGAUGUCUUGACAGCAGGAACGGCCUCCCAUCCUUUCUCUUCUCCCCGCCUCCCUCUCUUAUCCUGCCGAGUGGUCACUCAUAGUUAGCCAUGAGGGAGGAGCCAGUCUGCUCAUUGUUGGAUUUGAAUUCACACAUCAGUUAUCUGUUGAUAACUGAUGUGGUCAUUAUUGCCUGGUACUGACAUGGAGUGGAGAGAGGAUGGACUUGAUUAUCAAAUAAUCAUCUGCAGGACUAGACACAGACAGCCAUAAGUACAGAUAGUUUGGAGAAGGAGAAUAUUUAUGAUUUCUGUAACAUUUGUUUCUGUCCUCUAUUGUACAUAACAGAAGCUCUCAUUCCAACAAGAUAAAAAAGUACUGUAAAACACUG